AUGAGCCGUUGGUUGAUUGUUGUUCUUGUGGCUGCAUUGGUUUUUGAGGUGAGUUGGGAUUUUUUUGGGGUACUGUAGAAGCUUCAAUUUACUGUAGCUUGUAUUUUUUCAAAGCUUAAGAUUCGAUCUAAAUUUUUGAGCUUUUGUGCCACAAUUUCUUGAGGAAAUUGAUUAGAGUACUGUAGGUAACCUAGGUUACUGUAGUCAGAAAAAUCUACAGUAUUGCUGAUUUUUUUUAAAUCUCAAAUUACUGUAGCUUUUAAGCUCAGGAUUAUAUUAAUCAGGAUUAUAUUAAAAUUUUAAAAAUUUUUAAAAAUUGUUUAAUAUGAGCAAUGAAACAUUUUUUUCGAAGCUGAAGAUUUGAUUUUUCGAAAAAACUCUGUAGAUCAAAAUGUUGUCCUACUGUAGAUUUAGAAGUACUGUAGCUCUAUAGUUUUUUUCCUAGAGUACUGUAAUGGAAAUAGAAUCACGUCGGAAAAAAAAUCUACAGUAAUCCUGAUUUUUUUCCUAGAUCACAAAUUACUGUAGCUUAUAAGUUUUUUUAAAUAUGAGCAAUGAAACAUUUUUAAACGAAAUUUUGUCAUGCUGUAGCUUUAGGAGUACUGUAGCCCUCUAAACCCCCAAAUUUUCUCGCAGACCUUCGCCACCACUCCCGAAGAUCCCAUCAUCGUUCGCUCGAAACGUCAACAAUGUCGAUGUGUCAAAAACCCGAACGGCGGUUUGACUUGUAGUUGUGCCAAAGGUCCCGCUAAUGGAUCGUCGGCUAUCGGGGCUGGAACUUCGGUUCAACACGAUGUUCCACAAUCGACUGAUAUCGCGAAUCAAUUGACUGCCAUGCAACAACAAGGCUCUUCGGGACAAAAUAGUGCCGGACAAGCCAGGUGAGCAGGCUAAUAUGAGCAAUGCAUUAGAAAUUUAUAUUUUUGAAGGUUAACCUGAGCAAUUAGUUUAUUAUGAGCAAUGCGCAAAAAUUUGUGAUUUUCUAAUAUGAGCAAUCCAAUAGAAAAUUGUGGUUUUGAAGGCUAACCUGAGCAAUGGGUUUAUUAUGAGCAAUGAUAGAUUUUUUUGUUCGAAAGUUUAGAAGCAAUAUUUGAUGAGAAUUUCUAACAUGAGCAAUGCUAUAGAAUAUUUGAUUUUCGAAGGCUAGCCUGAGCAAUUUAUUUUGUUAUGAGCAAUACUAGAUUUUUUAUGUUCAAAAAUUUUAGAGCAUUUUUCAAUGAGAAUUUGAAAUAUGAGCAAUCCAAUAGAAAAUUGUGGUUUUGAAGGCUAACCUGAGCAAUAGGUUAUUAUGAGCAAUGCGCAAGAAUUUCAGAUUUUCUAAUUUUUUGAAGGUUAGCCUGAGCAAUAGGUUUAUUAUGAGAAAUGCUCAAAAAUUCGCGAUUUUCUUAUCUGAGCAAUCCAAUAGAAAAUUAUAUUUUUACAAGGGAACCUUUUUUACUCAACACUUCAAAUCAUGAUGAAAUUCGGUCCAUGGACAGCUUUUGGGACCAUAAGAACACCCUAAAAAUUUUAGUCUCCCAAUGGACCUCUGAGCCAAGUUCUGGGCUCUCAAAAACUCAAAAAGGCCUAAAAAUGGUCAUUAAAGUCAUCAUAGCUCCAUUUCAAAAUUUUUUUUGGGAGAAAUGAAGUUUCAGAUAUUGAUCAGCAUAGUCGAUUACCUAAAAGUAAAUCGAUAAAAAAUAUUUUUUCUAAAAAUUUUGAAGUUUUUUAUUUUUCGGCUGAAAAUUCAUGAAAAUUCAUAUGUGCCCCUGCUCAUUCAUUUUUCCAAAAUCAAAAUUUUUUCUGAAAAUUUUAUUUAUUUCUGUUUUUUGGGUAAAUCGACCACGCUGAUCAUCAUCUGCUACUCAGUUUUUCAUAAAAUUGAUCGAGAAUUGAGUUAUGACGUGUUUUAUGAGCCAAUUUUGGCAAUUUUCGAACUUUUGAGAGCCCAGAACUUGGCUCAGAGGUCCAUUGGGAGACUAAAAUUUUUAGGGUGUUCUUAUGGUCCCAAAAGCUGUCCAUAAACCAAAUUUCAUCACGAUUUGAAGUGUUGAGUAAAAAAGGUUUCCUUGUUAAAGGCUAACCUGAGCAAUCAAAAAAUGUUUGGCUCAGUCUAGUCUAAGCUGAGCAAUCUCCAAUGUUUCCAGAUGCGGCUGCAUCCAAAUUGUCUUCCAAGGCACACCAUCCUACAACUGCCAAUGUGCUGACAACAACGGUAACCAGGUAAGCCACCCCCAGAUUCCCCAUUUCCUUGUGCUUCCGCUUUUCUCCCCAAACCCAAUAUCCUCUAGCCAACCACCACAACAAUCGCACCAACCACAACUUCCACCACCACUACCACCACCACAACAACAACCCAAGCACCAACAACGACUGUCCCAACAACGACAUUCUCUUCAACCCCAUCUCAGGUGAGCCCAAGCUUUUCCCCCGAGCUCCUUUAGAAUGUCUUGCUUUUCUAGCAACAACCAGGAAACGGAAACGGAGCGUGUAAUUGUAUUAUGAUAAGCAUCAGCUCGCCACAAACCGCGCAAUAUCAAUGUCAAUGCGCGCAACCACAGGUAACUCUACUCAUUUUCCACACCCACACCCCUUCCCCCUCCCUUACACGUGUGAUGAUAUUCUAGAGCUCUGCCGAAGUGCAACCGGAUUUCACGCAACCACAGGUAUCCUCCUCCUCCUAUCAACCGCUCGGCGUUUCACGUAACGCAACGCAAGACGCGUGCUAUUGCAUGGAUCCGGCGACGCGUAUUCUGUCGAGCCAGUGUGGAUGCGCGUGUGAUUGUGUUCAAUUAACUGUGACUGUGCCUAAUGCAUUUUGUGCCUGUUCCUAACUUUUUUUGUUGUAGACUGUGAUAGAAUGUGUGAUAAUAAUAAUAUUAUAUUUUUCUUAAACAUAUUGUCGAAGUUGAAAAAUGUGGCCGGCGUGAAAAGUAAAAACCAGUGUAGAGGCGUUACGGCUGUGCGUCACGGCUGUGCGUCACGGUCGGUAGACAACCAAUAACCCCCUUGCUUCCCGACCGCGACGCAUAGCCGCACGCGACUGAUUUUCACUUUUUACGCUGGUCACAUUUUUCAACUUCGACAAUAUGCUGCAUGUGUUUUGAAUGGGAUAUUGUCAAAAUUGAAAAAUGUGACCGGCGUAAAAAGUAAAAACUUAACUUCGUCAGUCGCGUGCGGCUGUGCGUCGCGGUCAAGCGACAAUCAAUAAUUCAAUGUUCCCUUUGCUUCCGCGACACACAUCUGCAUUGAUUUUUACGCUAGCUUAUAGUUAGGUUUAAGCUUGAGCCAAAUCUCACAGCAUGUUACGGAAUAUUUUGAAAAUGUAUACCCUUUAAAAUGGUAAUUUUAACUGUGCAUCUAACAAUAAGUUUAAUGAAAAGCUUCUACCUUAAGGCUAAAUUCUAAAUUGUUAAGCUCAACCUUAAGCCUUAGGGCUUUGGCUAAUAAUCAAUUACCCUAGAAGCCUAAUUCCCGACUCUAACUUGACCUUAUCCAUUUAUCCAUUUAAACUUGAGCCUUAAAGCUAGCAAUGAGCUUAAUCAGCCUCAACCUAACUCAUAAUCAAUAUCCCUAAAUCCAGAAAGUUUUGAAACAGCCUAGUGAAUGCAAAAAACCUAACUUUUACUAACUUCAAGCAAAACCUGCUCAACUCGACUCUAAGUUUCCCAACUAACCCUGUCAAUUUUUGCAGGCCUACCCAUCCGACACCUUCGACUACACUCAACAACCAGUAGGUUACGCCAAGGUCAGUCUCUGAAUAAAUGUGUCUGUUUCUAGUCAACCCAAUCACCAUUCAUCUACACCCAACCAUCCACAAUCGCACCAACUACCACCACCACAACCACAACCACACCACUCCCAGUCACAACUGACACAUCGACCCAAUAUCCGUUGACAACAACGUGUGUGAUGUAUGUGAAUGUGCCAACCAGUGCUUGCUCAUGUUUACCACAAUACGAUCAGUGUGCACAGAAUGUGUGCUGUUUGAAAUCGAAAUAUCGAAGCAUGAAGGUGAGUUGGUGUUGUGAGAUUCGGUUUGAUGUGGGGACGGGGGGAUAAGUACCUAGAUAAUACACGGUACGCUUUUCUUUACGUCGCUUGAACAAACGAGAAAUUUUUAGGAGAGGAGAGAAAGCGCGCUCUAUCGCACACAAUUUUCUCAUUACGUCAUCAUUUUUUUCACUUGUUUCCUCUCUGUCUCUGACCUUUCUCUACUUUUUUCCCAUUUUUUUCUCGACGGGUGCUCGCGUAAAGGAAAGCGCUCCGUGAAUAAAAUAUUGACCCCAAACUCGCAAGUUUUGCUUUUAAAAAUGUUGAAAAACUCACUUUUCCUCCAGUUUUCCUCGAAAUUCAAAAUCAUUCGCCUCAUAAAUUGUUUCGAUAUUUCCAUGACGUUUUCCUGUAAAAUAGAAAUUAAUCAAGUACUUUAAACGGGAGAAAAAUUCAAAAGAAAGCACAUUUUUCCAUAUCUAAAAUAGCUUUUUGAGCAGCAGUUUUAGUAUAAAACUAUCGAAAAUCAAUUCCAAUUAUGACAUUUUCACUAGAGAAAUGAAGAAAUAUGAAUUUUACAACCUGUUUCAUUCAAAUUCAUCGAAAAAACAACAAAAAAACUUUCGACAAACAAAAAAACACGAAAAUAAAAGUAAAAAUAAGAGUGUGUGUGAACACCGACUGCCCGCAAGCACCAAAUCCUACGCGCAAAAUAAAAUAACGACACUCCGCUCAAACAGUGUGUGAAAAUUAAACAAUCGAUUGUUAUAAGAAUCCCCAGAAAAUAUUUCUAAAAUUUUUGAAACGUACAUUUUCCGGGUACUCAUAUUUUCCCCGCAUGAAAUCAACUUCAACAAAACCAAAUUCCACAAAAAAAAAUCUGAAAAUCUUUUUUUUUCAGAAAACCGAAGAAUCCUCGCCAUCCACCAUCGAUAUGUUGAUGGACGUUUUGAAGACGAUCAAAAAUAAAUGGGAAUAA